AUGUCGAUGUACUAUGCCGUCCGCUGCCCCAGCUGCCUCUUGACCAUCUACACAGUCUUGUCGGCUGAGCGCACCAAAGGUUUCAGCGUUAGGUCGCUGCCUGAUGAGAGCCUUGCGUUCUACAACUGUCCAUUUCCCCUCUGCGACUACCACGUCCACACCAACCACGAUGUCAAUCUCUACUCCAACGUCUCAACGCACCAGAAGAUAUACGUUUCCGCUGGUUUCACCGUGGCACCGCGGACUCCUCAAACCAAGGCCUUCCGUUCGAAAUUCCAGGUUGAUGCCCUCGCGCUCAAACUUGGCAUCACCAAGGAUCUGCCGAUAAAACCUCUCGUGCCGGAGGCGCAGGCCGGCGACAAGGCGCAAGCCCCCAAGAAUCCUGGCGAGAAAGACAGACAAGGCGACACACCCGUCCCGGCAGUGGCUCCAGAUACCCCACAAAAGAACAAAACCACCCGUGGGCAGAGGUGGGCGGCCGCCGAGAUGGAAAAGGCCAAGCGCAUGACCAACGAGGGGCGUAGCAACGACGAGAUCGCCAAGGAGAUGGAGCGAUCGGUCUCCGCCGUUAAGAAUAAGAUCGCUGCCAUGCGCGACAAGGGAGAGCUGCCAGUCCUCGCCACGCCGCUUAAGAGGAAGAGAGACCCGACCGGAGUCGAUGAUCGCCCGACCUAUGCUACUUAG